AUUACCAUUUUCAGAGUACGUCUGCCUCCACGAAAAAAUUCAAAACGAGUCCAACUUAAAGGAAUAUUUGUUGGAGCCAAAGUUGUUCGUGGUCCUGAUUGGGAGUGGGGCCAGCAGGACGGUGGCGAAGGCAAAACUGGGCGUGUUAUGGAAAUUCGCGGUUGGGACAAUGAGUCUUGUAGAAGCGUAGCUAAUGUUUCUUGGGUAACGGGUUCUACAAACGUCUAUCGUUUAGGUCAUAAAGGUAACGUUGAUUUAAAGUGUACUGUACCGUCGAUAGGAGGAUACUAUUACAAAGACCACAUGCCUGUUUUAGGUCAACUGGAAGAGCAACAACCCGUUGUACCCACUGUGAAGCCAACAUUCUCAGUUGGGGAUCGGGUAAAGGUGUGUCUUGAUGUUGACGCACUAAUGAAACUGCAGCAAGGGCACGGUGGAUGGAACCCCCGAAUGGUGGAACAGUUACCUAAAUUGGGUACCGUCCAUCGCAUUACCGAGAAGGGCGACAUACGGGUUCAGUACGAUAAUUGUCCUAAUCGUUGGACCUUUCAUCCGGCUGCUCUUGUAAAGGUUAUGUCAUUUCGCGUUGGCGAUCUGGUGACUAUAAUAAACGAUGCGAACAAGGUUCAGCAACUGCAAAAAGGGCAUGGUGAAUGGAUUGACCUUAUGCGUUAUGCUUUGGGAAAACAUUGCAAAGUUGUAAAGGUUUACUCGGAUGGUGAUUUGCGCAUUCAACAACUCGAUGAUGGUUUCGAGUGGACAUUAAAUCCGAAAUGCGUGCGUUUAGAGCGAUCCCCAUUGGCUACUGCAGCAGAACGUUCAAACAGUAUGAUGGACCUAAGUCAUAGGCGCACAGAUCAUGUUAUGACACCGUUAUCAGGCCUAUCUGGUACGUCAAUGGCCGAUAAGCUGGUUCGUGAGGCGGCCCAAGGUCAUUUAGACUUUGUGAAGCAGUACUUAGAUGCCCAUCCAGAACAAGUGAAUGUGAUGAGUGGUGGCAAAGCUUGCAUACAAGUGGCCGCUCAUCAGGGCUAUGUUGAUCUUGUAAAAUAUCUCAUUAUCAAAGGCUCGAAUGUGAAUGUUGUGGACAAGGAGGGCGAUUCGGCGCUUCACUAUGCAGCUUUUGGUAAUCAGCCCGAAACGAUGCGUGUCCUACUGCAAAGCAGAGCUGAUAUCAAUUUUCUAAAUUCAAGCCAUUGCUCAGCAUUGCACAUAUGCGCACACAAGAAAACGCCACAUUGCGUGCGAGAACUGCUUCAAUUCGGCGCCGAUGUGAAUAUUCAAGAUUCCUACGGUGAUACGGCGCUGCACGAUGCCAUUGGCAAGGAAAACACAGAAGUUGUCGAAUUAUUAUGUAAUGCACCGAAUUUAGAUUUCCUGAUAAAAAACAAUCGAGGUUUUAACGUACUGCACCAUGCCUCGCUUAAGGGCAACGUGGUCGCAGCUAAACGCAUACUGCAACUGGCUCGGCAACUAGUAAACGUUAAGAAAGAUGAUGGUUUUGCCGCGUUGCAUUUGGCCGCCCUAAAUGGUCACGCACACGUUGUCGAGACAUUGAUAAUAGAGGGUCUGGCAGAAAUUGAUAUACGAAAUAACCGCCGUCAAACACCGUUUCUUUUAGCAGUUUCGCAAGGACACGCGUCCGUAAUUGAGCGACUUGUAACUCUCGGUUGCGAUAUUAUGGCUCGUGAUGAAGAUGGCGACAAUGCAAUGCACUUAUGUGUAAUUAAGAAAACUAAUUUGCAACAAGCAGCUGAACCGUCCGGAGAAGACGCACCGGAGAUACGAGCAAUCUUCGAUAAUCUUUCCCACGUUCUAGACGAUCGUCUCAUGUAUACAAUCCUUUGUUAUUUAUCGUCGCGUGGUUGCCGCGUAGAGCAAAAUAACAAAGGCACAAAUAUUUUCGAAUGGAUCACAAACAAGGAUAUGAAAGAUUUAAUUUUGGGCUACCAAUGCCCAGUGAGAUUGCAGACUGGUGUACCGCAGUCGUCGACAGCGAUUAACGAAAUCAACAAUGCAUCAGGCGAUGUGGAGCGCAACAUACAGGCCCUAAAUUUAAACCCAGAAAGCGAAGUGGGCGGCACGGCUGGUGUGGCCGGCGCUGUUGCUGGGCCUAGUAACCACUCUGUUGAUAUCAUUAUAGAUGCAUUACAACCCAAUAAUUUUACGCAGAUGGCUACACCCAACAGAAGCACUCCAACUCAUCACAUUGACCGCUCAACCGAAGAGCCAGCAGGACUAAAAAAACUCAACUCUGAUCGGCAAGCACAGGUCAAUGCAUUAGGCAGUGGAAGUAAUGCGCUGGACACUCAAUAUGUACAUAUGACUCCGAUUCCUUCAACUUCCGGUGUUAAUCAACCGACUGGUAUUCGCAAAAAAGCGCCGAAACCACCUGCAGCCAGCGGUGAGCGAGGUUCACCGGAAUGCGCUGCGGUUUCCAGACCGAGUCCGAAAGCUACACCUCCGCCACCGCCCCCAAACGUUCCUUUCCACAACGGCCCUCAGGAGUGUAUAGUUUGCGACGAAAAGUUGCAACUUAUUAAAUUUGAGCCAUGUCAACAUCAGAUUUCCUGUGAGGAAUGUGGCUUGCGUAUGAAAAAGUGCCUGCGCUGUGGUGUUCAAAUCGAGCGACGCAUAACUGCCGGUGGACGUUUGGUGGCCAGUUCUGACCAGACACGCAUACCCUCCGCUGAUCGUUUGAGGUAUUUGGAAAAUAAAAUACAAGAGUAUGAAGAGACGCACUAUUGCAGCAUCUGUAUGGAACGGACACGUGACGUCGCAUUUUUGUGUGGUCAUGGUGCAUGCUCACGAUGUGCGGACACCUUGCGCACCUGCCACAUGUGCCGUAAAACCAUCCUAAGAAAGAUCAAUUUAUAUUAAGUGACACUCGAUUCUUCAAAAAGCUACAUUACCACGACCCAACAAAGGUAGUAAUUCUUUAAAAGUACGGUGUGCCUGAACCAGCCGUAAAUGAAAGGUUCUUGCAUAUGGGUUUUUUUGGCGUGAUUCUGUUAUACGAUGAAAUUAGAAACUGUUUGAAAAAAAUUGAACGGGCCCUUUUCGAAAAACCCCCUUUUUCUUAAUUAUAUUAAUUUAUAUUACACCCCGCGACAAACGAUAGCACAUCAAUAUUUUUACCAGUUUUGUCUACUUUUCUUUUGAUCUUUUUAAGGUUAAUUAUUUUUAUA